UUUUUGAUCUGACCGUAAAAACAAAUGCAUGCACUUCUUCUGUUGAAUCUGCUUCUGCAAAAAUCUCCUACUCUGUCCUGUGCCUCAUCUUCCUUUCUCCCCUGCUUUCUCUGUCCCCGAAUCUCUCUCGGGCCAUUGGGUUUUCCCUCUCUGCUUCACACAGCGUGAGCUUCGUUUUGUUACGGUCGACGUCGGGAGCUUCGAUUUACUACGGGCUGAGUGUUCCUUUUGCUACAAAAUGGAGGGUUGGAUUUGCUCUGGGUGUUUGGCGUGGUUCAUAGCUUUGGUACGAUCAGGCAGCUGAGCAGUCUUCGUUCUGUUUCUUUCUUCGGUUGUUCUCCAGUUCUUUCUUCGGCUUGCCGUAGGUGGUUGGGGUGUUUAUCGGUAAGUUGGUGGGUUUAGGAGCUUUGGUGAUGUCUUUGCUUCGAUUUUCUUGCAUGUAGGCCUUGCUUUUUUGUAGGUUCAUCUAUUUGCAGACGAUCUUGAGUGAAGAAAGCGAGAAUGGAACAACAGAUUUACUUCGACUGCCUCGGGCGUCGAAUCAGAGCCGAUUUCUCUGAUGAGCUCAUCUCUUCCCAUUCCAUCUCCGAUUCCGCCCUCCCCUUCUCCUCCAUCGCCGUCGUUCACGUGUACAAAUACAGCAAGACGGGUAAAACAUUGAUCAAUACUACUGUUGUUUAGGGGAUUCCCUGUUUGGGUUAAAUAUGUUCCCGGCAUUGCCUUCAGAACCGACAAUAGGCCCUUCAAGGUCAAUGUUAUUAACAGAACGCACCACAUAUACCAUAAACUUCUUAUAUGCAAGUUAGAAGUUCUUGGUGAGUCUCUCUACCAAUAUUAGCUCCAGAUGGUGAGGAAGGGAAGAUGGUCAUGCAAAAUUUCAGAAAAAAGUUCUGUGGUGGGGGGUCAUUGGGGGAGGAGCUGGAGAGAACUGCGAAGGGCGGUGAUGUAAUUGUUGACUUAAAUUCGACAUUUGAAGAUUUAUACAUGGAAGGUACGAUGAAGGCACUUCUGCGUUGCAUCUAUCUCAACUGUUCCCCUCGCAUUGAAGCUUCUGACAAGGCACAUGGAACUAUGCGUGCUGUGAUCGCCUUCUUUACACUUUAUUCAACCUGCUAUUUUUGCAAGCCGAAAAAUGUGGCGGAGAAUAGGAUGCAUGAGAAAACAAAGGAAGCAGAUUUACUAAAGGAGUUUAUGGUACUAGAGGUGAACCGAUGUUAGAUGCUGGGGACGGAGGUGGGUUAGUCAAGGACCGAUAGAGAAUCAUAGGUUGGAUUUGGAAGAAAUUGAUUAUAUACUGCUCACAAUAUGAUUAAUUUAGCGUUCAAGUUUGAUAUUAUAGUAUGGUAAUUUAUCAAUGGGCGACUUAAAACAGCUUAGUACAAAAAGAAGUUGUUAGUUUCAGGAUAUUUGGGUUUAGGGAUUCUAUUUUCUGGUUUUCUCUUUGGAUCUCUGUUCUUCUAUGAAGUCAUCAUUAUCAACGAAGGGUCAACAAAAUCAAAUCUAGAUUGUUUGCUCCAUUGCAAAACCCAUGUCAUCAACUGUUUUCUGAGUCAUUUUUACUGCCUCAUUUUCGUAGGAAAUACAUAGUAAGAGCUGUUUCGAACUUUCGAUUUCUAUUGUUUGGAUUUUUCUAUCUUCUUUGUGCAUAAAUUUGGUUUACCAUUCGUUUUGUUGAUUUGACAAAUGGUUUUGGA